AUGAUCCGAACCAAUCCGGAGACCAAGCCACCAGAUCGCCGGUGCAGAUUCGCCUUGGACAGGGACAGCCCCAUGCUAUGCCGCCGCGAGCAGCCCGAGCUUCACCUGCCGCCGCCCCAGGAUCCAGGUCGAACGUCGCCGCCGCCACCGGCCACGUUCCGCCGCCUCCAGAUCGACGAGCCACCGGCCACCGCAACCAUGGCCGCCGUGACCACGCGGACGCACCCAGCGGCCCGCACCACCCGGACUCCCACGUUGCCUGCAGCUCCGCCGCCUCCGCCCGCCACCACGCCGCCGCGACCCAGAUCUGGGAGAGGCGCCCCAGCGCCGAUGGGUGACCUGCCUCACCCGAUCUGGACACGGGAGGGAAGUGGUCCUCCGCCGCCGUCGUCGGCCGGCCGGGGCUUCGCCCGGCGGCUUCCUCCGGCAGCGACGGAGGGGAGGACGCGGGGGAGAUAG